AUGUCACAACUAUUCCGUGCCGUUAGCCUACUCAAAAAUGCUCCCUUGCAUCAGGCACAGAGGGUAGCCUCACUCCAUCUCAGCUCCGCACUGAAAGCCAGCAGCUAUUUAAUCGAUUCACCCGAAUAUUCCUUCCUUAAGGAUGUCGGUUUGGAACGUGAAAAUCCCGGUGUAUUCACUGGUUCAUGGAAAGGUUCCGGCGACGUUGUUACCUCUAUUGAUCCUGGUACCGGCAAAGCAAUUGCCAGUGUUCGUUCGGGUACAGUUCAAGAAAUGGAAGAAUCCAUUAAAGUAGGUGUGGAAGCCUACAAGGAAUGGUCUAAAGUACCUGCCCCCGUAAGAGGUGAAAUUGUUCGCCAAAUUGGUGAUGAAUUGCGUAAAUACAAGGAACCAUUGGGUAAAUUGGUAAGCUUGGAGGUGGGCAAAAUCUACAGUGAAGGUCAGGGAGAAGUUCAGGAAUUCAUUGAUAUCUGUUAUUAUGCUGUGGGUUUGUCACGCAUCUAUGCCGGUCAAAUGAUCAACUCUGAACGGGCUGAGCACACAAUUUUGGAGGCGUGGCGUCCAUUGGGUUUGGUGGGUGUCAUAUCGGCCUAUAAUUUCCCCAAUGCUGUUUUUGGCUGGAAUGCUGCCAUUGCUUUGACCUGUGGUAACAGUGUUUUGUGGAAGGGAGCACCCACUACCUCCUUGGUUUCUGUCGCCACCACCAAAAUUGUCGCCGAUGUCUUGAAGCGCAACAACUUGCCACCAAUCGCCACCUUGUGUCAGGGAGGUGUUGAUGUUGGCAAGAAAUUGGUUAGCGAUAAACGUGUCAAAUUGGUCUCUUUCACCGGUAGCUGUCAAACUGGCCGUGAUGUUGGUGUUGAGGUACAGAAACGCUUUGGCAAAGUUAUCCUCGAAUUGGGUGGCAACAAUGCCUUGGUUAUCAAUGAAGAUGCUAAUUUGAAAAUGGCCUUGGAUGCUGCCCUCUUCGGUUGCAUUGGUACAUCGGGACAACGUUGUACCACCACCAGACGUAUCAUUGUCCACGAGAAGCUGUACGAUCAAUUUGUCAAGGAAUUGUGUGGCAAAUAUAAACAAGUUUUGUCACGCAUUGGUCAUCAAUUGGAUGCCAAUACCCUUGUCGGUCCCGUCCACUCCCAACUAAAUAUUGAUGGCUAUAAGAACACCAUUGCCGAUGCCGUCAAAUUGGGCGGUAAAGUGGCCUUUGGCGGUAAUGUAAUUAACCGUGAAGGUUUCUUUGUUGAACCCACAAUCAUUACCGGUUUGGCCCAUGAUGCUCCUGUGGUACACCGUGAAACUUUCGCUCCCAUUGUUUAUAUUUUGAAAACAAAAUCCGUUGAAGAAGCUAUUGAAUGGAAUAAUGAAGUCGAUCAGGGUCUGUCAUCAGCCAUCUUUACCGAAAACAUGUCCAAGGCCUUUAAAUGGAUUGGUGCCCAGGGUUCGGACUGUGGCAUUGUUAACAUCAACACAACAACAAAUGGUGCUGAAAUUGGUGGAGCCUUUGGUGGUGAAAAACACACUGGUGGUGGUCGCGAAUCUGGUUCCGAUGCCUGGAAACAAUAUUGCAAACGUGCCACCAUCACCGUUAAUCACUCCGGAGAAUUGGCUUGUGCCCAGGGUGUUGUUUUCAAUGUAGAAUAA